UAUGGUUUUGUUUUUUUCUAGGACCUGGAGUUCCAUGGAGUGAUGAGGUUUUAUUUUCAAGAUAAAGCGGCUGGGAACUUUGCAACAAAAUGUAUCCGGGUCUCUAGCACGGCCACCACGCAGGAUGUCAUCGAGACGCUGGCCGAGAAGUUCCGGCCGGACAUGCGCAUGCUGUCCUCUCCCAAGUACUCGCUCUACGAAGUGCACGUCAGCGGAGAAGAAAGAAGAUUGGAUGUGGAAGAGAAGCCCCUGGUCGUGCAGCUGAAUUGGAAUAAAGAUGACCGCGAGGGCAGGUUCGUCCUGAAGAACGAGAACGACGCCGCUCCUCCCAAGAAGGCUCAGAGCAAUGGACCUGAAAAGCAGGAAAAGGAAGGCGUUAUCCAGAACUUCAAGCGGACUCUCUCCAAGAAAGAAAAGAAGGAGAAAAAGAAGCGAGAAAAAGAGGCCCUGAGACAGGCACCCGACAGAGAGGACGGGCCUUUCCGAGGGGAAGACAUAGAGAAUUCUCGCCUGGCUGCUGAGGUUUACAAAGACAUGCCCGAAACCAGCUUCACCCGCACCAUCUCGAACCCCGAGGUGGUCAUGAAGCGGCGGCGGCAGCAGAAGCUGGAGAAGAGGAUGCAGGAGUUCCGCAGCUCGGACGGGCGGCCCGACUCAGGUGGGACGUUGAGGAUUUAUGCAGAUAGUUUACGACCAAAUAUCCCCUACAAGACCAUCCUGCUGUCCACCACGGACCCUGCGGACUUCGCGGUGGCCGAAGCAUUGGAGAAGUAUGGCCUGGAGAAGGAGAACCCGAAGGACUACUGCAUUGCUCGGGUUAUGCUCCCUCCUGGAGCCCAGCAUUCUGAUGAUAAAGGUGCUAAGGAAAUGGUCCUUGACGAUGACGAGUGCCCCUUACAGAUCUUCCGGGAGUGGCCCAGCGACCGCGGGAUUUUAGUCUUUCAGUUGAAGAGGAGGCCCCCAGACUAUGUCCCCAGGAAAAGCAAGAAGCACCUGGACGGGCGGCCCGCGAAGGGCAAGGAGAGAGCCGACGGGGCGGGCUACGGCUCCGCGCUGCCGCCUGAGAAGCUGCCGUACCUCGUGGAGCUGAGCCCAGGGAGAAGGAACCACUUUGCCUACUGCAGCUAUCACGCUCACGAAGACGGAUCUGACUCCAGAGACAAGCCCAAGCUCUACCGCCUGCAGCUCAGUGUGACUGAGGUCGGGACAGACAAGUUUGACGACAGCUCUAUCCAGUUGUUUGGUUCAGGAAUUCAGCCCCACCACUGCGACCUCACGAACAUGGAUGGUGUGGUCACCGUCACGCCCAGAAGCAUGGAUGCGGAGACCUACGUGGAGGGGCAGCGCAUCUCGGAGACGACCAUGCUGCAGAGCGGGAUGAGUGUGCAGUUCGGGGCCCAGCACGUGUUCAAGUUCGUGGACCCCAGCCAGGACCACGCUCUGGUGAAGAGGCCUGUGGACGGGGGCCUGCCCGCUAAGGGCCCCAGACACAAACCCGGAAUUGUUCAGGAGACAACUUUUGACUUAGGAGGCGAUAUUCACAGUGGAACAGCGUUGCCAACAAGCAAGAGCUCCACUCGCCUGGACAGUGACAGGGUGUCGUCCGCCUGCAGCACAGCCGAGCGGGGCAUGGUGAAGCCGAUGGUCCGCGUGGAGCAGCAGCCCGAGUACCGCUGGCAGGAGAGCAGAACGCAGGAUGCUCCUGGGCCUGAGCUGGUGCUGCCUGCAAGCAUUGAGUUCAGGGAGAGCUCUGAAGAUUCAUUUUUAUCUGCUAUUAUAAAUUACACGAAUAGCUCCACAGUCCACUUUAAGUUGUCGCCUACGUACGUGCUCUACAUGGCCUGCCGGUACGUAUUGUCGAGCCAGUACAGACCGGAAGUGAGUCCCCCCGAGCGCACCCACAAGGUGAUCGCUAUCGUCAACAAGAUGGUGAGCAUGAUGGAAGGCGUGAUCCAGAAACAGAAGAACAUCGCAGGGGCGCUUGCUUUCUGGAUGGCCAACGCGUCCGAGCUCCUCAACUUCAUCAAGCAGGACCGAGACCUGAGCCGGAUCACCCUGGACGCCCAGGACGUGCUGGCGCACCUGGUGCAGAUGGCCUUUAAGUACCUGGUCCACUGUCUGCAGUCAGAAUUGAAUAACUACAUGCCGGCCUUUCUGGACGACCCCGAGGAGAACAGUCUGCAAAGACCAAAAAUAGACGACGUCCUGCACACGCUCUCGGGGGCCAUGGCGCUGCUGCGGCGCUGCCGGGUCAACGCGGCCCUCACCAUCCAGCUCUUCUCCCAGCUCUUCCACUUCAUCAACAUGUGGCUGUUCAACAGGCUGGUCACGGACCCCGAGUCGGGGCUGUGCUCGCACUACUGGGGCGCCAUCAUCCGCCAGCAGCUGGGCCACGUGGAGGCCUGGGCGGAGAAGCAGGGGCUGGAGCUGGCCGCCGACUGCCACCUCAGCAGAAUCGUGCAGGCCACCACCUUGCUGACGAUGGAUAAGUACGCGCCCGAAGACAUUCCCAACAUAAGCAGCACCUGCUUCAAGUUGAACUCGCUGCAGCUGCAAGCCUUGCUGCAGAAUUACCACUGCGCACCUGACGAGCCCUUCAUCCCCACGGACCUGAUCGAGAACGUCGUGGCCGUGGCCGAGAACACGGCCGACGAGCUGGCGCGCAGCGAUGGGCGGGAGGUGCAGCUGGAGGAGGACCCCGACCUGCAGCUGCCCUUCCUGCUGCCCGAGGACGGCUACUCCUGCGACGUCGUCAGGAACCUUCCCAGCGGCCUGCAGGAGUUCCUGGACCCCUUGUGCCAGCGGGGCUUCUGCAGGCUGGUCCCUCACGCUCGCUCCCCGGGCACCUGGACGAUCCACUUCGAGGGCGCCGACUAUGAGAGCCACCUUCUGCGCGAGAACACGGAACUGGCUCAGCCUCUGAGGAAGGAGCCCGAAGUCAUCACUGUGACCCUGAAGAAGCAAAACGGAAUGGGCCUCAGCAUUGUCGCGGCAAAGGGUGCUGGUCAAGACAAACUUGGAAUCUACGUCAAGUCCGUUGUGAAAGGAGGUGCUGCGGAUGUGGACGGGCGGCUGGCCGCGGGGGACCAGCUCCUGAGCGUGGACGGGCGGAGUCUGGUAGGACUCUCUCAAGAAAGGGCAGCAGAGCUCAUGACAAGGACAAGCUCCGUGGUGACACUGGAGGUGGCGAAGCAAGGAGCCAUCUAUCACGGCCUCGCUACCCUGCUCAACCAGCCGUCCCCCAUGAUGCAGAGGCUGUCAGAUCGCCGAGGCUCAGGAAAACCCCGACCAAAGAGCGAAGGCUUCGAGCUCUACAGCAAUUCCGCUCCCAACGGCUCGCCCGAGAGCCCUCCACUGCCGUGGGCAGAGUACAGUGAGCCAAAGAAGCUGCCCGGCGACGACCGGCUGCUUAAGAACAGAGCCGACCACCGCUCCAGCCCCAACGUGGCAAAUCAGCCUCCGAGCCCUGGAGGGAAAGGCGCCUACGCCCCUGGAACGGCAGCGAAGAUAACGUCCGUCUCCACGGGAAACCUCUGCGCGGAGGAGCAGACGACCCCGCCUCGGCCCGAGGCCUACCCCAUCCCCACGCAGACGUACACCAGGGAGUACUUCACCUUCCCUGCCUCCAAGUCCCAGGACCGGGCCGCUCCCCCCCCUCCUCCUCACAGCCAGUGGCCCCCUUACGAGGAGGAGCCGCUCAUGCACACGGACGGCAGUCACCCCAGCCUCGCGGUGCAGCGUGUGGCCCGUUCCCAAGAGGAACUUAGGGAAGAUAAAGCUUAUCACCUGGAGCACCACCGAGUGGAGGCGGUGAUGGACCGCAAGUCUGACAGCGACCUGUGGAUAAACCAGAGCUCCUCGGUGGGCUCCAGCGCGUCCAGCCAGGAGCACCUGGACCACGCGUCCAAGCCGGGCACGCCUGCAUCCACCCUGACCAAAAGUGGCCCUGGGCGCUGGAAGCCCCCUGCCACUGGGCAGCCCGCGCCAGCAGCUGUCCCCCAGCCUGGCCGCACGGACCUGCCCCCACCGCCACCUCCGCCUCCCAUGCACUAUGCCAGCGAAUUUGACGGGAUCCCGAUGGAUUUGCCUCUCCCCCCGCCCCCUGCCAGCCAGCCGGGACCUCAGUCUGCGCAGGCGGCGGCGGCGGUGGCAGCAGCAGAGCGAAAGAAGAGGGAGGAGCACCAGCGCUGGUACGAGAAGGAGAAGGCACGGCUGGAGGAGGAGCGGGAGCGGAAGCGCCGGGAGCAGGAGCGGAAGCUGGGCCAGAUGCGCCCGCAGCCGCCGAACCCGGCCCCCUUUUCUCCGGUGACUGUGCAGCCGCUGAAGCCGGAGAAGCCGGCCACGCUGCAGAGGCCCCCGGAGACGGUCAUUCGGGAGCUGCAGCCCCAGCAGCAGCCCCGCACCAUCGAGCGCAGGGACUUGCAGUACAUCACCGUCAGCAAGGAGGAGCUGUCCUCCGGGGACAGCCUGUCCCCCGACCCCUGGAAGCGCGACGCCAAGGAGAAGCUGGAGAAGCAGCAGCAGCUGCACAUCGUGGACAUGCUGAGCCGGGAGAUCCAGGAGCUGCAGGGCAAGGCCGAGCGCAGUGCCGAGGAGAGCGACCGCCUGCGCCGGCUCCUGCUCGAGUGGCAGUUCCAGAAGCGGCUGCAGGAGUCCCAGGAGAAGGACGAGGACGACGAGGAGGAGGAGGAGGACGUGGACACCAUGCUGCUCACGCAGCGGCUGGAGGCCGAGCGCAGAGCCCGGGACGAGGAGCGCCGGCGGCAGCAGCAGCUGGAGUGUCUGACCUUUGCACUUUUCUGUUCCCGCCUGCAGAGGCGACAGGAAGAAGGGUAUUACAGUCGCCUGGAGGCCGAAAGGCGCCGACUGCACGACGAGGCAGAUCGCAGGCUGCUGGAGCCCGAGGAGCCGGCCCUGCCCGCCCCGGCGGGUGCGCCACCCCCCCCACCACAACGCACCACCUCCUCCCUGCAGGCGCAGGCCCUAUCCCCCGACUCCCUGUACACCGCCAAGCUGGUUGCCUACACCGAGGAGGAGGAGGAGGAGAGCCCCGCAGGACCAAACUCUUUCACGGGGUCUUCUGGGACACUCGCUGGUGCUCAUGAUGCUCACUGGGACCCGAGAGAGAAGCUGUCUACAAGCCACGAGGCAGGAGUCCCUGGGGGCGCGGGAGCCCCGGAGAACCUGACCUUCAGGGAGCGCCAGCGCCUCUUCUCCCAGGGGCAGGACGUGUCCAACAAAGUGAAAGCCUCCCGCAAACUCAUGGAGCUGGAGAACGAGCUGAACACGAAUUGAACGGGGAGGCCCUCCACGCCCUCCCGCCAGCUCUGUGGGCCGCGUGCGUCCGGCUAGGCAGGGGCUGGGGUUCAGGAUGCUCAGCCGGGAACUGCAUUUCACCAGCGAGGCCACGUGCAGCGGAAGCCCUGCGGGCUCCUGUGACCUCCCACUGAGACCUGUGGGUCCCUCCACGGGGGCAGGGGAAGGGCAGGAGGUGCCGAGGCCGCGCCCCUUCUCCCGGGAGCACGCAGUCCUGUUCCCUUCUCAGAAGCUGCUCCUGCUCAGAGAAGAGCUGGAACUGCCCAGAGGAUGUUUGCACUACGGAGGGCGGCUGCGCUGUGGACAGUCCAGUCGGGCGGAUCUGUCUGGAGCACCGGCUGCGCAGGGGGCGGGUGGAGGACCAGCCUCCCUCCUGCCCCGCCCGCUCCUCAGGUGCAAGCCCUCCUGACCCGCUUACCUAUUCGAUGGGAAAACUUUCUCAAUAGAACAUUUUGAGGCUUUAAGCUUAGGAAAUUUUAUUUUUAUAAAUACCAGAUUAGUUCUAUUAGACCACUGGUGAUUUUGAAGGUGGCAGUUAGCGUUAGAACGUUAACUAUUUCAGAUGCCUGAGGGGAUCUGUGAGGAGCCGCGAGGAGCCUGCGUUAGGAUGGUGUCAGGAUGUGAGUCCUGGCGGAGGAGCAGCCGCUGCUCAGGGAUUUUACAUUCGGCCGAGAGCGACACCCCUGCACAAAAGUUUGGGGGGGGGGGGGGGGGGGGGGGGGGGGGGGUCUGCCAUCCGGCCCCGCAUUUAUUCCUGAGAAUGACUGGUGUGGCAGUUCAAGCUGUUUGUGUACACUCUGGUAGGGUUAUUUAAUUUCCAUUCGUUGAAUUAUUAGUUCCCACUGUCGUUUGUUCAGCUGUGACUGUGGCUGAUGUCGGGAGGCGGACCUCACUUUGUUGUAUGUUGUGUGAUGUUAAAUGGUGACUCUGUGAUGAUGAUCAAAUGUUCUAUGGACAGAGCCCUGAGGUGGGGCCGGGGCUUUUCUGUGCCACGUUGCUGUCUGACAAAUGUCUCUGAGAAACCCGCACACUUUCAUGGAGCGGGGGGGGGGGCUUCCGACCUGGGACCCACGGGGGAGACUGUAGGGUAAACCUUUCCAGGGCGCGUGUCAGUCGUCCACGCGGCCAGGGCUCUGGUGGGAGGGGCGGGCAGCGGAGAGGCCUGCGUGGCCGUGAAGGAUCUCAGGGUGCAGGCGGCUGGAGAGCAGGCUCCUCCCAGGCACCUCGAGACACUGGUGGCCCCACAGGGCGAAGCCCACAUGUCCCCCAAGAGAUGCUGUGGACCAACUGCUGUUCUGUUAACAUGGAAAGGCCCCGCCUACCAGCACAUGAGCGACAUGCGAACACGGCACAGGGCAGCUCAGACCGAGGCGGUGGCCUGCCCUCCAGGCGGCUUUGGCCUUUCAUGACUGCACUACUGUGGAUGCAUCCAACUGCUGUAGCUUCCAUUCUACUGUAUUCCAGCCCAGCCUGUUUUUAAUAAACUUUGUAUGUAUUUAAGUGCA